CAAAGGUUUUUAGGGUUUUAGUUUACUCGGGUGAUUUCGGGAAAAGAAGAUAUUCUAAUGGAUCCUUCGUCUUUAAACCAACAAGAGUUGGAGAAAUUUCUGGAUCAAGAAAAACAGAAAGCUAUGGUAAAUGAAGUUGUGUCAAAGCUUACAAGUGUUUGUUGGGACAAGUGCAUCACCGGAAGUCCAGGUAGCAAGUUUAGCUCUAGCGAAUCAACCUGCCUUUCCAACUGUGCAAAGCGGUAUGCGGACAUGACCCGCAUCAUCGUGAGCCGCUUCCAGUCCAUGGGCUGACUUUUUAAAAGUUCGUCGAGCCAUAACAAUCAAGAUAUUUCGUCAUUUUUUUGGCUUUUACUUGUUUGUUGGUUGAUUAUCAGCAGAAAAUUGCCUUUGUAACAUUGAAGAUUGUAUUUACUUUUGUCUGGCUUUAAAUGUUGCAGAUAAUGAGUCAUUGGCUCCGGUUUUAUUUGACAAUAUGAGGUUAAUAUGCUAUUUUUUCAGGUA